AUGAUAAAAAAUAUUAUUUUAACAUUCGUUUUCUUAACUUUUUUAAGUUUAUCCAUAGCUACUGAUACCAAUUCUACAAAAUUAGUUGUUAAUUCUAAGAAGUUGUAUGUAAAUGCUGGACAAAAUUCAUCAAAAGAUAAUCAUGUAGAAGUUAAAAAAAAUAAGCUAAGCCCUGCUAUGAUAGCUGCUUUUGCUAAAUAUAUUGAAAUGAUAGAAUUAUUUAAAUCAAAUAAAAAUUUUAUAAAACAAUUUCAAGAGGAGGUAAUAAAAUAUUUAGAGAAGAAUAAAUUAGUUAGACAAAAUAUGACAGAAGUUAUUCUUGAAGAAAUGCGUAAAAAAAUUAAACGUUCAAUAAAUCCACCAAGAGAAAAAGAAGAUAAUAGUAACGAAAAAGAUGAUUCAGACUUUUGA